AUGAUUACUCCAAAAUCUGUUUAAAGCUAAACUUUAGAGCUACCUUUGAUCGAGGCUAAAAAUUUAGAGAAAUAACGUCGUAUAAUCUUGAACCCCUAAUAAGAUUCUUUAAGGUACUGGGUAUUGUUAAUCACUUGCUACUCAAAGUUUGCUAAUUACUACACUAAUGAAAAUCCAGCCAGCAUUAAAUAAGAAGUGCUUUAUCAUUUCAAGAUAAACAAUUUGGAAUUUGGAAUGUUUUUCUCUAUUGCUAAUACUGCCAAUAUAGUUCUUGCUUUGAUAACAGGCAUUUGCUUUGACAAAGUUAAGAUAAGAAAUGCUAACAUGUUUUGUGGAAACUUCAGGAGAGGCUUUGAGUAUAGUAAGCAUGAUGAUAAUCAAUCACUGGUUUUCAAGCAAAGAACUUGGAUUCGCUUGUUCGGGUUGGGUUAUGUUUUGUAUUUAUUAGCAUAGAGAAAAAGAUUGAACGAUAAAAUUUAGAGAAUAGCUAUAUAAAUGACUCCAAUAUAAACGCUAAUGGGCUAUGUGGCUAUUGUAUCUGUUACCUUAGGUCCUUUAUUAGGAUUCAUUUCUGACAAAAUAGACAAAAGGAUGGCAACUUUGAUUUUCGCAAACUCAUUGGCUUUGUUUGUUCACAUACUCUUUGUCACUUUACCAAAUUCCUAUUAGCCUUAUACGAUUAUUAUACCCAUUACUCUUUUUGAGCUUGCGAUUGGAAUCUUUAUCUCUAAUCUUUAGGCUGCAAUGAAUGAAGUAUCACCACCUAAAAUGAUUGGCUUGUGUUUUGGACUAUUAAACUCUCUUUAAAACCUAAGUUUGGCUGUUGCUUAAAUAAUUGUUGGAAAAAUUCUCGACUAAAAUUCAGAAAACCUUACAAAAGGAUUCAUUAAUAAAUUAUUAGCUUAAGGAUAAAAUAAUCCUAGGCUAGAAAUGAUCAGAGAUAAUUAAAUAACCAAUGAUUUGAAAAAUAACUGA